CACAGCCUGGCUAGGUUUGGCUUGCUCGCCCUUACUUCAAACACCGUGACAUUCCUCUCCCGCUGCACUUCCCAAUAUGAUCCCUAGGUGUCGCUGCUGUCGCUAGUUCUUUCUUAGGCUUUGGGCUCUGCAGCUAACGCAGACUUUCUUGAAUAACUCCACUCCCUCGCUGAAAGGAUUGGGUUUGAUCGCAGAGCGUUACAAAAAUAAGUCCCCUCUGCACUGUUUGGUCUGAGCAGAGUCGCAGAGCUCACCCUCCCACCACACACCUCCACGAAAGCUUUACAUCUGAAUAACCAGCAUUCCUGGCUGCCUUGUGUCUGAUUCUAGAGGCUCAGUGCUGCAAACUAAAAGUCGUUGCGUUUUUGGAUCUGUCACAGGAUGGCUGGGAAACCUCUAUACGGAUCAGAGAGGAGCCACUGGAAACUGAUGGUUGCUGCGAUUUCCGUCACUUUGGUCUGUUCGUACAACGUUGAUUUGGAUCACCCAGUUGUGUUCCGAGGUCCGAAUGGUUCUUUCUUUGGCUAUUCUGUCCUGGAACAUUACCACGAUGAGACAAGAUGGGUGUUAGUUGGUGCACCAAAGGCUGACUCAAGGUAUAGUUCUUCUAUCAAAACCCCAGGAGCUGUUUUCAAAUGCCGAGUUCACAGCAAUCCGAACAAAAGCUGCACUGAACUGGAUUUGGGACGAGGAAAUAGUCGGGGGACUCGCUGUGGAAAAACAUGCAAAGGUGAUAGAGAAGAUGAAUGGAUGGGAGUGACCCUGGCUAGACAGCCGAAGGCUAAUGGCAGUGUAUUGGCUUGUGCACACCGCUGGAAGAAUAUCUACUAUGAAAGUGAAGAUAUACUUCCAUAUGGCUAUUGUGUCAUCAUUCCACCAAACCUGCAUGCCAAUGGAAAUAACUUAAUGCCAUGUUAUGAAGAAUAUAAGAAGAAGUAUGGUGAAGAACAUGGCUCUUGCCAAGCAGGGAUUGCAGGGUCUUUUAUGGAGGAGCUGGUUGUGAUGGGAGCCCCUGGAUCAUAUUAUUGGACAGGAACAGUAAAGGUGUUAAACCUUACAGAUAACAAAUACUUCAAACUAAGAGAUCAAGUUGCCACUGAAAAACGCUAUACAUACUUAGGAUAUGCUGUGACUGCAGGUCAUUUUUCCCAGCCUACAACAAUGGAUGUAGUAGCGGGAGCUCCACAAGACAGCAGAAUAGGAAAGGUGUUUAUCUUCAGAACUGAUAAGAGGUCUGUAUCGCUUGUUAAGAUUUUUCAAGCUUCUGGAAAAAAGGUGGGCUCUUACUUUGGCUCCUCCUUAUGUGCAGUUGAUCUGAACUCUGAUGGCCUCUCAGACCUAUUAGUUGGUGCUCCCAUGUUCUCAGAGGUGAGGGAUGAGGGACAAGUCACAGUGUAUAUCAACAGAGGAAAUGGAGUGAUGGAUGAACAUAUAAAUUUAAAUGGUGACAAUGCAUACAAUGCACAUUUUGGAGAGAGCAUGGCCAACCUGGGGGAUAUUGAUGAUGACGGCUUUCCAGAUGUGGCCAUUGGAGCCCCACAAGAAGAUGACUAUGCUGGAGCAGUUUACAUUUAUCAUGGGGAUACUUUAGGAAUUGUGUCUAAGUACUCAAUGAGGAUUUCUUCAAAAAGCAUUGGUCCUGGCUUGAUGAUGUUUGGUCAGUCAGUGUCUGGAGGGAUUGAUAUGGACAAAAAUGGGUACUUGGAUCUCACGAUUGGGGCCUUUAUGUCUGAUACUGCGGUGCUACUGAGAACCAGGCCAGUGAUUACAGUGGAUGUUACAAUUUUACUGCCAACCUCCAUCAACAUCACAGCGCCGCAGUGCCACGAUGGUACACAACAAAUAAACUGUGUUAAUGUCACUGUCUGCUUCCGCUUUCGUGGGAAACAUGUUCCAGGAGAGAUAGAAUUGUAUUACAACUUGACAGCUGAUGUUGCAAAGAAAGAAAAAAGCCAACAGCCCAGAGUGUUUUUGGUGUCAUCUGGAGAGAAUGUUGCACAAGUUAGUGAGAAACUCCAGCUAACUCACUUGGAAUUGAAGUGUGAACAAUAUCUCGCCCAUGUCAAGCGUAGAGUUAAGGAUGUCAUAUCGCCUAUCGUCUUUGAAGCAUCGUAUAGUCUUGGUGAGCAUAUCAUUAAUAACCAGCAGAAAGAACUGCCUGCUCUUAAGCCUAUACUUCGAUGGAAAAAGGGAGACAAGCUAGCACAGCGAAAUCAGACCCGUUUUGAACGGAACUGUCGCUCUGAUGAUUGUGCAGCUGAUUUGAACCUGAAAGGAAAACUUCUUCUGUCAAGCUUUGAUAGCAAAACCCCUUACUUGGCAUUGGGAGCUGUAAAGAAUAUUUCCCUUAAUAUCUCAGUAUCCAACUACGGUGAUGACGCAUAUGAUACUAAUGUAUACUUCAAUUUUUCAAGAGAAUUGUACUUCAUCAAAAUGUGGCAAGAGGAUGAGCUGGGCAUUUCCUGUGAGUUACUGGAAGAUGACUUUCUCAAGUGCAGCGUGGGAUUUCCAUUCAUGAGAUCCAAAUCCAAGUACAAAUUCAGUGUGAUCUUUGACACCAUCCACCUGUCUGGAGAUGAAGAAUCCCUGCAGUUUUUAGUCACUGCACAAAGCGGAAAUAUUGAAAAAGAAGAGUCUCUACAUGACAACAUUCUCCAUCUGGCGGUUUCUUUAAUGCAUGAAGUUGACACAUCAGUCACAGGUGUUGUGUCACCAUCCUCAUUUGUUUACGGUGAAUCUGUGGAUCCUUCAAAUUUUAUUCAGCUGCAGGACCUGGAAUGUCACUUUCAGCCUUUGAAUUUUAGCUUUCAGGUUUAUAAUGCUGGACCAAGUACCCUUCCAGGAUCAACCAUUAAUGUGUUGUUUCCGAAUCGCCUCACUGCUACUGGUGCUGAAAUGUUUUACAUUCAGGACAUUAUGGUGAGCCAAGACAAAGGAAAUUGCUCUUUCCAGAAAAACCCUGCACCUUGUGUAAUUCCACAAGAUAAGGAAAAUAUAUUUCAUACAAUAUUUGCUUUCUUUACUAAAUCUGGCAGAAAAAUGUUGGAGUGUGAACGAACAAGCAAGUCCUGUUUAGUCUUAAACUGCUAUAUAAGCUCACUGGCAAAAGAAGAGACUCGAAACAUAGAUGUGCUUAUGUUGCUUAACACAGAGAUACUCAAAAAAGACAGUUCAUCGGUUAUUCAGUUUGUCUCAAAAGCAGUGGUGAAAGUGGACUCAACUCUUAGAGCAAUUGAGGUGCAACAAGGAAAUUCUAACCAGGCAACAGUGAUUUUUGAGGCCUUGCACAAUCUGGAACCACGUGGAUAUGUUGUCGGAUGGAUUAUUGCCAUCAGUUUGUUAGUUGGGAUUCUCAUAUUUUUGUUGUUGGCUGUUCUUCUAUGGAAGAUGGGUUUCUUUCGCAGAAGAUACAAAGAGAUCAUUGAAGCAGAGAAGAAUCGAAAAGAAAAUGAGGAAAGUUGGAACUGGGUACAGAAAAACCAGUGAUCUGCAAAAAUUACAGCCCAGUCACAUGACACACACUUGUUAGCUGAUUGGCUCUGCUCAUGUAUCUUCCAUAUGUGGAAGAAAAGAAUCUUCUCCAGAUUUUCUGGAGGCUCGUUGAUGCUCUUUAUCCUCUAUAAUAGGCUAGCUAACAAAGAAGAGUGUGUCCUAAGGUAGCCACUCAGUCUGUGUGAAGUGACUGGAGGAAACUAAUUGUUUCCUGAAGAUAUAAACUUUGGAGACUGAGCUGCAGUGAAUUAGAAUAUUUAUGAAUCCAACAUAAAGUAUGUGGUAUAUUUUCAGGGGAAAACUUGUUACCUAAAGAAAAGUAUUUUUAUAAAUAUACAUCUUUUAUACUGAUUUUGUCUUUAUAUUUGAUGAAUUAUUGCUAUGAAUAGCUGUACAGUUCUCUAAAGCACUGAUACCUUGCUCCAGUUUUAUGUGUGUACAAACAGAUAUAUUUUAGUGGUCUUGAACUGAAACAUAUGUGUGUUACUUUUUAUGGGAAUCUAUAUAAAAUGCACACAUAAAUGUGUAUCUCAUAAUGUGUAGCUGUAUAUAUGUGUGUGUGUGUAAGGCCAUGUAAUAUUAAUCAUGUGAAGAGGGGAAGUAAUGUUGUUUCAUUGUUUAUAAAAGAGUAAAUUUUAUUGGUCAAUGCUUGUAAACAGUCCAGGCAAUCAUAUUCACUGCAACUGGGUUGAAGUUUUUGCACCAGGUCUAGAAGCUAAUAGCAGCCAAUUAGCAGGUAGCAUUUACUAGUUGUCUGUUUCAAGCCAAACAGUGCAUUAGUUGCUACGGAUUAUUAACCUGUUGCAGACUUUGUGACUUUUAUUAACACAGAGCUGCAUAAAGGGUCUGUCGGCUAAUUGUUGUUAAGGCACACUGUAAUUUAACGAACCCACUUCUCAUUUUUUUCUUAUAUUUUUUGAAUCGCUACUGCUUUCUUGAUAGAAGUGAAGAAGUGAUAAAAUGGAGACCACAGAGAUGGCAGCACAGCAGUGCUUUAGAAUGUUCGCAGGGCUGGUGUAUUUUGUUCUAAAAAGGAAAAACAUAGUAAUUUAAUUCCCUGGUGGGGUGGCUAACAUUUUGAAACCUCCCCAGUGAAUUUGGGUUCCCUUAACUAAUAAAUUAUUAGUUCAGUCAUAAGUUUCAGGCAUAAAAAGCAUGAGUUAUUUCUUACCAACAUUCAGUGAAUAGACCCGAAGGUAUUUCUAGCAAGUCCCCAGCACUAUCGCUUCCUCACUGCUUUGUCUAGAACCCAUUUUGUUAGGAAACAUUUGUAAGACGUUAUCAUUACAAAGAGAAUAUUCCCAGUACAAAGGGUAACACACAUUUUUUCAGACCUUUUCCGUGAAUUUUUGUUUUAAUGAAAAAAUAUUAUUUCUGUAAAACCAUUACUGCUCUUUUAAUCUAUAGCAAUGUUGUGUAAGAAUAUUAGAGUUGUGAUACUUGUUGUUCAAAGAAACGUUAAUAGUUAAGCACCCCCCGAUCCAUAGUUUUUCAGUAUAAAACGUGAUGUCUGUAUUUACUUUGCAUGUUGGUGUGUAUGUGUAAGUGCAGCCUUUCAUAUUGUGUUUACGAUUAUGCCUUGAAUUGGGAAGAAUGGCCACAAAUGUGCAAUUCUAGCAUUUAAUAGAUAUGUGUUAGUCUUUUCAAAGUAUUGUGUCGAGGCAUUUGAUUGUAUAGCUCUACUUCCACACACAGCCUUCUGGCUUAAAUAAGGGACGUCUUAUGACACAUUUUCUGUUCUAUAGAUUUGUACAUGGAGGUGUAAGCAGCAAAUGUUGCUGUUAUGUUAUUCAGUGUUACUGACGUUCAUAUUUCCCACAGUGUCAAAUUAGUCUGUAAUCUGCAAACUAGGCUUAUUUACAUAAAUUAUAAAUACAUGUUACACUUGGCUUAAAUGAAGAUAUAUUACUGCAGAUA